UUUGCUUACCUCUGAAGACACAGAUCAAAUUCCAACCUUGUUCUCUCACGACUCGGUCGCGAGCUUUUGACAGUCCUACACUCUUCGCCGCUCUCUCUAUAUAGGUCCCUUUGUCUCCUGCUGAUUCGAAACUUCGUCUUUCAGAUCCACGUAUAGGGUUUCUCUCUCUCUCUCUCUACAAGCACGAAAAAUGCACGGUCGUCCUCGCAAAGCCCCAACUCCAGAAGAAGAAAAAGCUUUAGCUCUCAAAGCUGCUAAACUACGCCCCCUCCAAUCUCAGUUCCUCCAUUUUCAUCACAACAAAAUUUACACAAAAGAAGCCCUAGAGGUCAAUGCGAAGCUUCUCGAGGCCAAUCCUGAGUAUCUCACAGCUUGGAAUUACAGAAAAUUCGCUGUUGAACACAUUCUCAGUCAUUCUGAGACUGAUACAGAGAUUGAUCCAGACUUCAUUAAAUCUAUUUACAGCGAAGAACUGAGAGUUACAGAGCGUGCAUUGGCAAAGAAUUAUAAGUCUUAUGGUGCCUGGUAUCAUCGUAAAUGGGUGCUAAGCAAGGGGCAUUCAUCUGUAGAUCGGGAAUUGCAGCUUCUGGGGGUGUUACUGAAGAAAGAUUCCAGGAAUUUCCAUGCAUGGAAUUACCGGAGAUUUGUGGCAGCAUUAAAGAACAGAUCAGAUGAAGAGGAGCUACAAUUCACUACUGAUUUGAUAAAUGAAAACUUCAGUAACUAUUCUUCUUGGCAUAAUCGUAGUGUAAUUUUGUCUCAUUUACUGGAGAAAAGGGCUCAAGGAUCUUUCUCAAAGGAGAAGGUUCUGACAGAGGAGUAUGACCUUGUACACCAAGCUCUUUUUACUGACCCAGAUGAUCAGAGUGGAUGGUUUUAUCAUCUUUGGCUUCUUGAGCAAACGGUUAAAGUGAUGAAUCCUCUGCUGGUUUCUACCUGGCCACCUCAUGGUUCUAAUCUUAAUGUAUCAGUAGAUGGUUUCCUGGAUACUUGUGCUUCGUCUCCUAUCACAGGUUUCCAUCUUAAUAGUGGGAUAAUUCCACUCAUUCUUUAUUUUAACGAAGCAGUUGAAGGUGUGAGCUCAUCUACAAUAACUGUGGAAUCCAUAUAUAACACAAAUAAAGAUUUAAUUUGGUCACCACUUUCAACAAACAACUCUGGGAGUGCCCAAGCUUGGGUAACAUAUCUAACUUUUCACGAGGAGAAUCUCCAUUCUUUACAAGCUCAUCCAGUAAAGGUUAGCCUUGGACAUUCAGAGGGAAUCGUGUCUUUGAGUGGAUUUCACCAUAGCCAUCCUUCUCAUUUUGAAUUUACCGUUUUUAUACAACCUCAUGGUUCACAACAUGCUGAAAUGAAAAGUGCAGAGAUGAUAUCAUGGGGAGACGAAAAUUUUCUUACUGGUGAAACACAUCUUCAGGAACCAAGCCAAAUUAAAAUUUUUGAUCAACUGAGGAAUAGUGAGGUGAAUGAGCCAACAGCUUCUAAUUGGAGCGCUGAGACUAUAGUUAAUGAGAUAGCUCUUUUCCGGGAAUUGCUGUCAGAGAUAAACUGUAAAAUUGGAAAGCUUAUGCUUGCAAGAUUGUUGACUGCACAUGAUGCAAUGAUGUCAUAUGAUAAAACUCCAGAGACAUGCAAGAUGGUCCAUUCUGAAGAAGUUAAAGAAUUAUAUAGUGAUCUUAUGACAAUGGACCCACCACAUUCUCAAUACUACAAGGAUGAAUACAGCUUAGCCGUAUUAAAGCAGCUGACCUCCAGUCCGGAAUCUUUGCUGAGGCAUUGCUGUAAUUACAGGGACUCAGCAUCAUCAGGCACCAAUAAUUAUAUCUGUUUACGACUCAGUAAUCUUUCAUUGUCACGUAUUGGGUCUAUUGAGAAAUUACUGUGGGUCCAAAUGCUAGACCUCAGCCACAACCAACUUAGCUCAAUUGAAGCAUUGCAGGCUAUGCAACUUCUUUCUUGCUUGAACGUUAGUAACAACAAAAUUGGUAGUUUUUCUGCCCUGGAGCCUUUAAAACUGCUGAAGUCAUUGAAAGUGUUGGAUAUCUCAUACAAUGAAAUUGGUGCACACGCUGUCGACACAAGAAGGUACUUAUGCUCUUCUCCCCUCUCCCAUACGGUAGGAAGUGAUUGGAAUUUUGGUGAAUUUGCAAUCAGUGGUGUCAAUGUGACAAAUUACUGGGAAGCUUUUACAAUUUUUAAAGACUCGAAGUUGACACAAUUAGACAUUAUUGGGAAUGUUGUCGCUGAAGAAGAGUUUAUGUCAUUUCUGGUUAAGAUAUUGCCUGCACUUAAUUGGCUCGAUGGUGUAGAAUUGCAUUGAUUCUACAUUCUCUAUAUCAGGUUUCUCUCUCUUUCCUUAUCCUGUUUCUCAUACGGUUCAGUUGUAGCUUGUUUUCAUACAAUUUACCAAAGAACAGUUGCUGUUUUGUAAGAUAGUGAACAUUUGCUUAUACACUUUCCCCCCCAACUAUUUUGCCAUACAUGGUCUUUGUAAUUUUAUGAAUUUAUCAAUUGAUCUCUAUUUUCACCGUUUCCUGCA